UCCCAGUUUUCGAAAACCCAAAAACACCAAAUCAAUAUGAGGGAAAUCGUUCAUUUGCAAGCCGGUCAAUGUGGCAACCAAAUUGGUGCUAAGUUUUGGGAAGUCAUUUCCGAGGAGCAUGGCAUUGACCAGAAUGGUAUCUACAAGGGUGAUAGCGAUUUGCAAUUGGAACGCAUUAGCGUUUAUUACAACGAAGCAUCAGCAGCAUCAAGGUCUUCGGGCGGUAAAUAUGUACCGCGUGCAAUUCUCUUGGAUUUGGAACCCGGCACUAUGGAGGCUGUACGCUCCGGUCCCUAUGGUCAAUUGUUCCGUCCCGAUAAUUUUGUCUUUGGACAAUCGGGUGCUGGUAAUAAUUGGGCCAAGGGUCAUUACACCGAAGGUGCUGAAUUGGUGGAUAAUGUUUUGGAUGUAGUGCGCAAGGAAUGUGAAAACUGCGAUUGUUUGCAGGGCUUCCAAUUGACCCAUUCUUUGGGUGGUGGUACCGGUUCCGGUAUGGGUACCUUGCUGAUUUCGAAAAUCCGUGAGGAAUAUCCCGAUCGUAUCAUGAACACCUACUCGGUGGUGCCUUCACCCAAGGUAUCCGACACUGUGGUGGAACCCUACAAUGCCACCUUGUCCAUCCAUCAACUGGUGGAGAACACAGAUGAAACCUAUUGCAUUGACAACGAGGCCUUGUACGACAUCUGCUUCCGCACCCUGAAGGUUUCAAAUCCCAGCUAUGGUGAUUUGAAUCAUUUGGUCUCCCUGACCAUGUCGGGUGUUACCACCUGUCUGCGUUUCCCCGGCCAAUUGAAUGCCGAUUUACGUAAAUUGGCCGUUAACAUGGUUCCCUUCCCACGUUUGCACUUCUUUAUGCCUGGCUUUGCCCCACUCACCUCACGUGGUUCGGAAAAUUAUCGUACCUUGUCGGUACCCGAAUUGACACAACAAAUGUUCGAUGCCAAGAACAUGAUGGCCGCCUGCGAUCCACGCCAUGGCCGUUAUCUAACUGUGGCCGCUGUAUUCCGUGGCCGUAUGUCCAUGAAGGAGGUCGACGAACAAAUGUUGGCGGUGCAGAAUAAGAACAGUUCAUACUUCGUCGAGUGGAUCCCCAACAAUGUAAAGACUGCCGUAUGCGAUAUCCCACCCAAGGGUUUGAAAAUGUCAUCGACGUUCAUUGGCAACACCACCGCCAUUCAGGAUCUCUUCAAGCGUAUUUCCGAACAAUUUUCGGCUAUGUUCAGACGCAAAGCUUUCUUGCAUUGGUACACCGGUGAGGGUAUGGAUGAAAUGGAAUUCACCGAGGCCGAGAGUAACAUGAACGAUUUGGUCUCUGAAUAUCAACAGUAUCAGGAAGCCACGGCCGAUGAUGAAUUCGAUCCCGAAGUGCAAGCCGAAGAAGUUGAGGGAGAUUGUAUUUAAUCAACAAGUCAGAGGAAUGAUGAGGAGCGUGCUUUUUUGGCGCUACGUGUUGAGAGGGAGAGGCAACAAAUUGUUGCGGAGAAUGCAGCAGAUUUGGCCCAGGAGAUACGAUCCCUGUUGCAUACUUUAAGGUGUUUUCUUUAAG